AUAAAAUGAAGUUGGCACUUGCAGUGUAGUCAGUUCCAUUGAGAGGUAGAAGCGCAUUUUUCCUCAUAUAUUGGAAGCAUCAGAACAGCAAAAAUGAUCGUAGCCAGUCUUGCAUUCAUCUUGCUUACAGCAACAUUUUGUGUUGCAUCCGAAGAAGAGGAGAUGGAAGUUGGCAUCGAGCUUGUUGGAUGCUUUGCCGACGAUGCAAAUGACAGAGCCUUGCCCACCCUGUUUGAAAACGUGAGGGACAAGAUCAUCUGGUCCAACAUGAACGAAACGGUGCGGAUGUGUGCCGAUGCAGCAGCCAAUCACGAUCCGCCCUACAUGUGGUUUGGUAUUCAAUUCUACGGAGAAUGCUGGACUGGAGCUGACGCAGAGGUGACUUACAACAAAUAUGGUCCAUCAACAAAUUGCUGGAAUGGUGUAGGAAAACACUUGACGAAUGCCGUGUACAGAUUUGUGAUGAAAGGCAAAUGAAGAGCGACACAUCCAUCAUGGGUAAUUAAAGAAGUAAACAAAAACUUUAUGAAAAAUGUGAUUAAAUACCUGAUGAGGAAUUGUGAAAGAAUAUGUAAAAAUAAUUCAGAUUUUUCAUAUGAUACAUUACGACAUAAUUAACGAAAACACA